UGUUGGACAUGCAUGACUUUGUGGAUGGAGAUGUGAAGGUGAAGUUGAUGGGCGAGAAGGAGCUGUUGGUGGAGGCCCAGUCGGCCGGGUCCUCGCACACCUUCACACGCAACUUCUCCUUGCCUGAGUCCAUUGACAUAACGUCCAUCACGUCUGUCAUGUCGUCAGAUGGCAUCCUCACAAUCACUGCGUCCAAGAAGGAGAGAGAAACACAACAGAAGACUACUGUCAUCCCCACUAGUGUCAAGGAAACGCACAAUGCAUCAGAAGUUCACAGCUCAACUUCCUCGACGACCUCGGGAGUUUCUGAGGAAACAGCAUCUGGCCAAGGAAUAUCCCACACAGACCAAGAGGAGGAACGUAAAUACACACGAUGUUAUCAGAAGAAUAUUGACGAGAACAAGACCCAAACUGCAACUUCCAAUAUCUCAAGCAACACCCAACAAUCAUUACAGAAGGAAUCGUCUGUCAUCACAGAUUUUGCAUCCACAAGAAUUCCGAAUUCUCUAGAAGCAAAGAAAACUCUUGGAAAUUCGCAAGACAAUUUCUUGCCCAUCGCUAGGAGAGGAAGCUUCUUCCAAGACUCAUUCUUUUCCGACAUACGCCAAGGCUUCGACGCCUCUGUCAGGGAAAUCUUGAAGAAAUGCAAUGACUCUGAUCUCACGGUGACAGACGAUGUCAGUCACAGUGACAUCUUGAGCCGCUACAGGCAGCUUCGAUCUCGAAACAUGAGGGAAGAGGACCAGGCCUUCUCCGUCUCGUCAGACGAAGCUACCAUCAAGAUCGUGCUAGAUGUGCAUGACUUCAUGUACGGAGACGUCAAGGUAAAAGUCGUAGACGAGAAGGAGCUGGUGGUGGAAGGACGCGUAGAGAAGAAGGAGGAAGGAAGUUCAUCCGUCUCGUCAUACUCCUUCAGACGCCGCUUUACCCUGCCUCACCGCACUGACAUGGCCCACAUCACUCCUGUCAUGUCUUCAGAUGGUAUCCUCACAAUAACUGCUCUGAAAAUGGCAAGGGAACCACAACAAAACACACAUGUAAAUUUCUCCAUGACUGAGGAAAAGAAGGAAUCAACAACGGUUCAAGACUUAACACCUGAAGCACUUUCGUCGGUGACAGAGAAAAACAUCUCUGUUCACGAGAAUCUUGUCAGUGUAGAUCAGAAAGACUUUGAAUGUGAACGAAAACACAUGUAUACAGACAAGACGAGAAAGCUGAAGAAAGAAUUCGAGGUUCCUGCUGAAAAAGUGUUAAAGCCCAAGAUCUGUCAAAAUCAAUCUGUGGAUGAGUCUACAACUGGUUCUGUACAUGAACAUGGAAACGUUGCUAAUAAUCAGGAUCAUGAACUCAAGCGAUUGGCUGGAUCAUCUGAAUCAACAAUCACGGAAAGCGCCUCUUGUGAUGACUUUAUUUCUGCUCAUGAAGAACAACAAGCAUCUGUGCAAUCAGAAUCUGAGUCGACAGAAGCCAUCAAACAAAUCUUGCCCAUCACUCGAAGAGGAAGCUUCGUUCAAGAUUCCUUCUUCCUCGAUGUCCACCAAGAGUUCUACACUGCCAUCAGAGAGGUCCUGAAGAAGUGGGUUAACGUAGACAGUGAGGACUUUCUUAGCCUUAGUCACAGCGAUAUUCUGGACCGCUACAGACAGCUUCGAUUGCACGAUUUGAGGGAAGAAACUCAAGUUUCUGUUGUAACGUCCGACAACACUAGUUACAAGAUCGUGUUGGACGUCCAAGACUUCAUGAAUAGGGAUCUGAAGGUGAAGGUGGUUGGCGAGACGAAGGUGGUGGUGGAAGGACGUGUGGCGAAGAGAGGAGGAAGCUCAUCCGUGUCCUCAUGCUCCUUCCGACGCUGCUUCUCCUUGCCAGAGCAUAUUGACAUGACAUCCAUCAUUUGCAUCAUGUCUUCAGAUGGCAUUCUUACGAUCAUCGCUUCAGAAAUGCCAGAAGAAUUGGAAGAAUGCAAAGUGAAAAGCUCUGCUGAGGAAGUUCAUGGAUCCUCUGAAGUUCAAUGCUCGGUAUUCCCAACCAGUGAAACAAUUUCUCUCCAAGAGGAAUGUCAUGAUUCAAAUUUUGACAUUGUAGAAGGUCAAAAUCAGAGCAAAGAAACUAUUGGCACCCAAGAAUCCUCUGCUGAAGUGAUGGCUAAUGAUUCGCCUGCUGUGUCUGAUGAAAUGCAGUUUUACUCCUUAUGUCGCCGAAAUUCAAUUGCCAUGAAAGAAACGUUUGACGAUAGCUGUGCAUCAUGUGACUUUGGAUCUUCUUCCCAGGAUUCUCUUCUGUCUGUCAUUCCUGAAGAAGAAAGAGACUCUGAGACUAUUGAAGACUGCCAACAGGCAAUUGAAAUUCUUGAUCUGAAAGAUUCACAGGAAUCUAUUAACAUACUAGAUGCGAGAGAUUCAGAAGGAACUUUUGUGAUUCUUGAUCUGACAGACUCACAGGAAUCUGUUGACAUUUUUGAUGUGAAUGACUCACAGGAAACUUUUGACAUUCUUGAAGUGAAAGGCACAGAAGUUGAUAAAAUUCCUGAUCUGAAAGAUUCCCAGGAAUCUGUUGAUAUUUUUUAUCAAAGGGAUUUAGAGACAGCUGCAGAAGUGUUUGAUCUGAAAGACUCAGAAGCUGUAGAAAUUCUUGAUGUAAAAGAUUCACAGGAAGCUGUUGCUGAGACCCAGAAUACGUCGGAAGGAAACAUCGGGCUUAAUAAUGCUAAAAACUCCAUUAAGACUGAAGCAAAAUGCAACAUUACAAAAGAAUUUUUUGACUCACGAUCACCUUCACUUUCUGCUGAAAAGUGUGUGCUUGAGCCGAAGACUGAAAACCAAGAUGGACUGAACAAGAAUGUGACACUACAGUCAGAGGAUUUCACGUCGGGGACAGAUAUGUCCAAACUUGCUUCCAAUUUCGAGGACAACAAUAGACUUAAACGCUUUGGGCAAGAAUGUGACAGAGAGUCUCAAGAAGCCAACAGCUAUAAUGUCACCGACACAUGUAUUGGAACGUCCUCUCGUUUCACGAGUGUUUCUCAAUCUAAUUCUGUAGUGAAGUCUUUUCCAGUCACGAAGAGAGGACCCUUCUUCUCCUAUUACUUUUUCCGUGACACAAGGGAGGAUUUCCAGAAAGCUGUAAGGGAAGUCCUGAGCAAAUGGGGAGAGAAGUCGUCUGACGAUGACGAGAUGACUUGCUACAGAAAACUGCGAGCACGAAAUAUGAGGGAAGAUAAUCAGGCAGUGACGUCUUCAGAAGAUAAACAUCAUUAUAAGUUCGUCAUUGAUGUUCAAGACUUUAUGGACGUUGGAGAGAUCAGCGUGAAGGCUGUGAACGAGAGAGAGUUGGUGGUUGAAGGUCACUUGGAGAAGAAGGAAGACUGUUCCGAGUCCAGCAAGCGGUUCCUUCGUCGGUUCAUUGUUCCUGGAGACAUUGAGCUUGAGGCUGUCAUUUCAGUCAUGUCUUCUGACGGUGUGCUUAAAGUUUUGGCUCCGAAGAGGGAGGUCUAUACACGAAAAUACGUUUCGACUGAUGAAGACAUGGACGAUGGCGAUGCAACGUUUACAAGGAAAUUCACAAAUGGACAUCGUCUCGCCGAUAACUCUUUGGGAAAGAGAGGUUCAUCUUCGGAUGACGAGGAAUUUAAAGCAAUUGCCAAGAAAGUCGAUGACCGCUACCAAGUCACUUUCCAAGACGACGACGAAGACUUUGAAAAUGGACAUAUGCUCAACAAGGAGACAAAGAUGAAAGCUGACAAGGACUUUAAAUUUGACAUUCCAAGCUUUUCAACGGAAACCAGGGUUUUACACAUGGACAGAAGGGGUGUAUUCACUGAAGACUAUUUCUUCGCGAAUGUUCGUGACAGCUUCAGCCAAGCAGUGAGAGAAGUGCUGGAAAAGGCUAAUGCAUGGACCUGUCGAAGUGACGCCAUGCACAACUACAGACGUCUGCGUCAGCGUAACCUCAAGUUGGAAACUCAGGCUGUUGGCAUCAUUGACGAUCAAGACUCGCACAAGAUUGUGAUGGACGUUUUUGAUUUCAUUAAGGGCGACGUGACAGUGAAGUUGGUGAAGGGCAAGGAACUGCUGGUCGAGGGUCAAGCAGAUAAGCUGGACGGAAGCACAGUGUCCCAAGUGAGCUUCGAACGUCGCUUGCCGUUGCCUGACCUCGUCGACCGAGACGCCAUCAGCUGCGUGUUGUCCUCGGACGGAAUCCUGACAAUCAUCUCCAAGAAGAGAGCAUGCGAGUACAGGACUAGUGCAAGGGGAUUUUCCAGUGAGAGGAAGUCCUACGGUGACACGGCUGGCAGGUGGGAGGACAAGAAAGUGAAGGACUCCCUCGCGGAUCUGGAAGGCCUCAGCUCUCGGAGCUUCAGCACUGGCUCUCGCUCCCGCUACCAUCGCUCCUAUGCGAAGCAAUAUUAGAGAGUAAACGUCCUUACACAGAGUUAUAAAUGCAUAUUUUGUUUUGUUUUUUAUUUGAUUUUUUUACAUAAAUGUAUAAUUGCAUAUUUUCAAAUAAUACAUUAUUUUAUACUCAAUAACUGAAUUUAUUUGUGAUGUUAACUAUAUAGAGGGAGUAAAUGUUAUU